CUGGCCCGGGAGAAGAUCGAGGGAUGUCACAUCUGUACGUUUGUGACCCCGGGGGAACCCCAGGUGAUGCUGGGUAAAGACAAGGCCUUUACGUACGACUACGUGUUCGACAUGGACUCUUGUCAGGACAGCAUCUAUGCUAACUGCACUGAGAAGCUGAUCGAGGGCUGCUUCGAAGGAUACAACGCCACCAUUUUUGCCUAUGGCCAGGCAAGUCUCUACACAACCCUGUCUCAACCGACACCUCAACUGAUCCCUGUUGAUUGUUCUGACUUCAUGGUGGUUUGGGCCUUUGGGGUGAUAUUUUAGUAUAAAGUGUUGAUAUUUGGGUUUAAGGACACAACACUUGUGUAUAGACCAGGGUUUUUCUUGGUCAGGUCAAAUUACCAAGGAAAACUCUGGGCCCUAGCUAUGCAGUAGGUUAAAGCAGUUGUUUGCACUGUGCCUGACAUUGUAAGGCUGUUAUUUGUGUAAUGUAAAACUUAUGUUUGAUCACGAGUCAAAUACUGAACUGGUAUAAUAAUCCUGUGCGAGGUCCUGAAAACGAAUUGACCCCUCCAAUAUUUUUUUUACUUUUUUUUAUUCAAUACUAUUUAGCUCUUGGAGUGCUUGUAUAGUUUUUAUAAAAGGUUUCUGAGCGUAUUGGUUUCUGUCAUUGCAAGCCCUCACAAAGCUCUCCCAAUCUAUAGUAACACCUCUAAAGCACCCCCCUCUAUCCCUCUCAAUCUUCUUUCCUAUUCAGCAGUUCUUACUACUUUCUUAGCUCCUACUUUCUCUUGCAGUUUUUCCUCUUUGCCACUGUCAGUCUGCACUACAACAUGGAAAUGUGUUGCAAGUUUGGCCUUCUCUCCCAUUCUCUCCGGUUGCCUUGGCGGCUGAGCCUCUCUCUCACGGGGGCUUUCUAGAACUAAAGUCUGUUUGAUGGGAGGGGGAUUUCAAUGGUGGUGGGGCUUAAGUGAUGCAGUUAAGUAGGCCUACAAAACUCUUAAGAUAUUCAUAAAUGUUUUAUGCGAACUCCUCUAUUCCCCAUCUGUUCCCCACCACCACUGCUGCAGUGACUGGUGACCUACUUCUGGUCUGUCUCUCUUCCCUACUGUACAGUAGCUACAGUGGUUGGCCCUGGCUCUCGGUAGCCUGGUUCGGCCCAGCUCAGCUUGGCUCGUCUUAUUUUUUCCCUGUGUUUUUACUCAGACUGUAGAGGACAAUUGGUAGGGGAUGUGUCUGUCUAGUCUGUGCUGGACUAAUUCAUCUUUAACACAAUCCCAACAGUCUGACCAAGUCGGCAGAAUCAUGGGGUUCUUCUCACUUGGUUACAAGCACAGCAGAUUGAAAUGAAACUUCAAUGAAUUAAUAUCGUUAUCUCCUUUCAUCAUACUUCUGUUUUCCUUCCUCACCCUCUCCCCCUUUCCCCUCUUUCCAUUCCUGCUCCUCUCUCAUCCUCCCCUCCUUAUCUCCUCCUCUCCCCCCAUCUUAUUAUCCUCCUGUUUCCUUCUCCUUCUUUUUCCUGCCCUCCUAUAGACUGGGUCAGGUAAGACCUACACCAUGGGGACAGGGUUUGAUGUUAACAUCGGGGAGGAGGAGCUGGGCAUCAUACCCCGGGCGGUCAGCCACCUCUUCAGGGGCAUCGAGGAGCGCCAGCAGGCCGCUAAAGAGCAGGGACGACCUGUGCCUGAGUUCAAGAUCAACGCACAGUUCCUGGAGGUAUGGACUACGCCGUCACAGAGGAGACACAGAGAGACACAGAGGCAGAUAAUAUUAGUAUAUGUAACAUUCUACUUGGAAAUAUGUUAUAGAGUGAGAUUUUUUAAGAGAUAGGGACAGGGACAUAACCCCACUCUCAGACACAGAGGAUUAGCUAAAAUAAUACAUGAACAGCCAUGUCAGGUUUACGUAGCCUAUGUGUUGACACUUCACAAUUGAACUAGCUCCAUCUCUAGUCUCUCCUACAUGACAGUUACUCAGACUGUUGACUGUGGACAGCUGUCAGAGGGCGGAAGCAGGGUUGUUAGGGUCACGGUUUGGGGUUAGCAAGGGUUAACAUGGGAAGACUGCACAGUUGUGUUUGCUUGUCAUACUGACAGAGGACUCAUGGGGAUAGACUGCGUCUACUCUUUUUAUGACAGAGUAAUAUAUCUGUCAUAGAAAUAGAGUUAGUAGAAAGCAUAUGGCUGGAAAAUCAACAGGAUUUUUCUGAAUCUACCCAAUAAUGUAAGAAAUGAAAACACAUAUCCAAUAUGGCCGCCACUCCAGACUCCUCAGAACAGUGAAUGGGAAUGUCCAAUCUAACAAUACUAAUCCCUCCGUACCUUCUCCGCUAUGCAAUCUGGUUUUCGAGCUGAUCAUGGGUGCACCUCAGCCACGCUCAAGGUCCUAAACGAUAUAAUAACCGCGAUUGAUAAAAGACAGUACUGUGCAGCCGUCUUCAUCGACAUGGCCAAGGCUUUUGACUCUGUCAAUCACCGCAUUCUUAUUGGCAGACUAAAUAGCCUUGGUUUCUCAACUGACUGCCUCGCCUGGUUCACCAACUACUUUUCAGAUAGAGUUCAAUGUGUCAAAUCGGAAGGCCUGUUGUCUGGACCUCUGGCAGUCUCUAUGGGGGUGCCACAGGGUUCAAUUCUCAGGCUGACUCUAUUCUCUGUGUAUAUCAAUGAUGUCACUCUUGCUGCUGGUGACUCUCAGAUCCACCUCUACGCAGACGACACCAUUUUGUAUACAUCUGGCCCUUCAUUGGACACUGUGUUAACAAACCUCCAAACGAUCUUCAAUGCCAUACAACACUCCUUCCGUGGCCUCCAACUGCUCUUAAACACUAGUAAAACUAAAUGCAUGCUCUUCAAUCGAACGCUGCUUGCACCCGCCCGCCUGACUAGAAUCACUACUCUCGGUGGGUCUGACUUAGAAUAUGUGGACAACUACAAAUACCUAGGUGUGUGGUUAGACUGUAAACUCUCCUUCCAGACUCACAUUAAGCAUCUCCAAUCCAAAAUUAAAUCUAGAAUCGGCUUCCUGUUUCGCAACAAAGCCUCCUUCACUCAUGCUGCUAAACAUGCCCUCCUAAAACGGACUAUCCUACCGAUCCUUGACUUCGGCGAUGUCAUUUACAAAAUAGCUUCCAACACUCAACUCAGCAAAUUGGAUGUAGUCUAUCACAGUGCCAUCCGUUUUGUCACCAAAGCCCCAUAUACUACACACCAUUGUGACCUGUACGCUCUCGUUGGCUGGUCCUCACUACAUAUUCGUCGCCAAACCCACUGGCUCCAGGUCAUCUAUAAAUCACUUCUAGGCAAAUCCCUGCCUUAUCUUAGCUCAUUGGUCACCAUAGCAACACCCACCCGUAGUAGGCGCUCCAGCAGGUAUAUUUCACUGGUCAUCCCCAAAGCCAACACCUCCUUUGGCCGCCAUUCCUUCCAGUUCUCUGCUGCAAAUGACUGGAACGAACUACAAAAAUCUCUGAAGUUGGAGACACUUAUCUCCCUCAUUAACUUUAAGCAUCAGUUGUCAGAGCAGCUUACCAAUCACUGCACCUGUACACAGCCCAUCUGAAAUUAGCCCACCCAACUACCUCAUCCCCAUAUUGUUAUUUACAUUGUUAUUUAUUUUGCUCAUUUGCACCCCAGUAUCUCUAUUUGCACAUCAUCUUCUGCACAUCUAUCACUCCAGUGUUAAUACUAAAUUGUAAGUAUUUUGCACUAUGGCCUAUUAUUGCCUUACCUCCAUAACUUACUACAUUUGCACACACUGUUUAUAGAUUUUCUAUUGUGUUAUUUAUUGACUGUACGUUUUUGUUUAUUCCAUAUGUAACUCUGUGUUGUUUUUAUCGCACUGCUUUGCUUUAUCUUGGCUAGGUCGCAGUUGUAAAUGAGAACUUGUUCUCAACUGGCUUACCUGGUUAAAUAAAGGUGAAAUAAAGUUUUAAAAAUGUUUUUAUAUGGUUUGAGUUGCCACAGAGAAAAAAAACAGAUGGAUUAUCAGCACAAACAAAUUCCUUUCACUGUUUAAAUGCACACGUUUAAAGGUGUACUUCGGGAUUUUUGCAAUGAGGCCCUUUAUCUACUUCACCAGAGUCAGAUGAGCUUGUGGAUACCAUUUUUAUGUCUCUGCUUGCAGUCUAAAGGAAUUUGCUAACUAGUGCUAGCACAAUUGCUAACUAGGGUUAGUGCAAUGACUGGAAGUCUAUGGGUAUCUACUAGCAUGCUAUUGGCAGCCAUUUAAAAUGUCUACAUAUUUUGGCAUAACAGUAUUAGGAAUUAGUGGCUUUAAAACGUAUACUCUACUGUAAUCCAUGGAAAAACAGAUGGGGGAGGUUUUGUUUGCGUCUUAGGUUCCCACUUAGCCUCUUAUAACAACCAGAGAUGGGAAUCACUAUAUAAAUGACACUUCAUUUGGGUAGUCUAUCAGUAAUAUGUCAACAACAGUCUGUCGACUGGCAACAGGACAUUCAACAAAUCAGCCAUAAUAAAUUAGUUAUUUACCCGUUGUUACUUGUUCAACACCCUUCUAUCAAACUAGGCCCUGGCAGAGCCUUUUAUUUAGAAUAUACAGUGCAUUCAGAAAGUAUUCAGACCCCUUGACUUUUAACACAUUUUGUUACGUUACGGCCUUAUUCUAAAAUGGAUUAAAUCGUUUUUUCCCCUCAUCAAUCUACACACAAUACCCCAUAAUGACAAAGCAAAAAGCGUAUUUAAAAAAAAAUUAUAGCACAUUUAUUAAAAAUUGAAAACUGAAAUAAGUACAUAAUAAUAAUAAUAAUAAUAUGCCAUUUAGCAGACGCUUUUAUCCAAAGCGACUUAGUCAUGCGUGCAUACAUUUCUGUGUAUGGGUGGUCCCGGGGAUCGAACCCACUACCUUGGCGUUUCAAGCGCAGUGCUCUACCAGCUGAGCUACAGAGGAUCACAUAAGUAUUCAGACUCUUUACUCAGUAGUUUGUUGAAGCACCUUUGGCAGCGAUUACAGCCUCGUCUUCUUGGGUAUGACGCUACAAGCUUGGCACACCUGUAUUUAGGUCGUUUCUCUCAUUCUUCUCUGCAGAUCCUUGGCUGUAUGCUUAGGGUCGUUUUCCUGUUGGAUGGUGGACCUUCGCCCCAGUCUGAGGUCAUGAGCGCUCUGGAGCAGGUUUUCUCCGUUCAUCUUUCCCUCGAUCCUGACUAGUCUCCCAGUCCCUGCCGCUGAAAAACAUCUGCACAGAAUGAUGCUGCCACCACCCUGCUUCACCGUAGGGAUGGUGCCAGGUUUCCCCAGACGUGACGCUUGGCAUUCAGGCCAAAGAGUUCAAUCUUGGUUUCAUCAGACCAGAGAAUCUUGUUUCUCAUGGUCUGACAGUCCUUUAGGUGCCUUUUGGCAAACUCCAAGUGGGCUGUCAUGUGCCUUUUACUGAGGAGUGGCCUCCGUCUGGCCACUCUACCAUAAAGGCAUGAUUGGUGGAGUGCUGCAGAGAUGGUUGUCCUUCUGGAAGGUUCUCCCAUCUCCACAGAGGAACUUUGGGGCUCUGUCAAAGUGACCAUCGGGUUUUUGGUCACCUCCCUGACCAAGGCCCUUCUCCCCCGAUUGCUCAGUUUGGCCGGGCGGCCAGCUCUAAGAAGAGUCUUGGUGGUUCCAAACUUCUUCCAUUUAAGAAUGACGGAGGCCACUGUGUUCUUGGAGACCUUCAAUGCUGCAGAAAUAUUUUGGUACCCUUCCCCAGAUCCUGUGGCGGAGCUCUACGGACAAUUCCUUCGACCUCAUGGCUUGGUUUUUGGUCUGACAUGCACUGUCAACUGUGGGACCUUAUAUAGACAGGUGUGUGCCUUUCCAAAUCAUGACCAAUCAAUUGAAUUUACCACAGGUGGACUCCAAUGAAGUUGUAGAAACAUCUCAAGGAUGGUCAAUGGAAACAGGAUGCACCUGAGCUCAAUUUCAAGUCUCAUAGCAAAGGGUCUGAAUACUUAAGUAAAUGAGUUAUUUCUGUUUAUUUUGUGUUUAAUAAAUGUGCAAACAUUUCUAAAAACCUGUUUUCGCUUUGUCAUUAUGGGGUAUUGUGUGUAGAUUGAUGAACAUUUCUAUUUAAUAAAUUUUAGAAUAAGACUGUAACGUAACAAAAUGUGGAAAAAGGGGAAGGGGUCUGAAUACUUUCCGAGUGAACUGUAUACUGUUCUGGACCAUGGCCACUAAGCUAAGUUACUGUUGAAGAAAGGUCAUUCUUAGAGGUCACACCAGAGAGAAAGGAAGUGGGGCAAAGCCCGUUACAACAUUAUAUCAAAGAUAUCUGGUGUAGGUGUGUGGUAGAUAAUGUAUCUUGAUAUGGAGUCUGUCUCACAGUGCUACUGUUGUCUCCUGUGUCUUUUAGAAUCUGAGAGUCCUCUACUGUUUACCGUUUUUCAGUCUGAGUCAGACAUACUCAUGUUUCUCUCUCUCUCUCUCUCGCGCAUGCUGUCUCUCGCUCAUGCUGUCUCUCUCUCUAUAACAUAAUUGGAUAUGAUCCUCUCUCUAUAACAUUAUUGGAUAUGAUCCUCUCUCUCUCUAUAACAUAGUUAGAUGUGAUCUUGCGUAGUUGUGAAAUCAGAACUGGCAUAGGAUUCAAACGUACUAUUAGAACCAAUGAUAUUUCCAUGGAAUUUCACAGUGCUCAGUUCAGCACGGUAACAAAUAAGACUGUAAUAUUGUGUGUUUCUGUAUGUCCUGGUUAAGCUUUACAAUGAGGAAGUGCUGGAUCUGUUUGACUCUACACGGGACCUGGAGGCUCGGACGCAGAAAUCCCACAUAAAAAUCCACGAGGACGCUAAUGGCGGAAUUUACACAGUGGGGGUGACCACACGGACGGUAGCCUCCGAGGCAGAGGUACGUGCGUGUGAUACACUGUAUGUGUUGGGAUGUGUAGUCUGGGGGUCCAGAAGAAAUGUGUAUGGCUGUGUAUAUACAAUGUAGGACUGUAAAAUGAUUGUUACGCGGUGACGGCACACAUGUCCAAUCUACUCUCUGUCUCCUCACCCAGAUGAUGCAGUGUCUGAAGCUGGGUGCUCUGUGUCGUACCACCGCCAGCACCCAGAUGAACGUCCAGAGCUCCCGCUCUCAUGCCAUCUUCACCAUCCACCUGUGCCAAGUCAGAGUCUGUGCAUCUGACAAGGUACGUACAAGAGCAGCUUGUUCAUUAGCCUGAGGGCCCUUUCUGCUCUCUUUCCAACUCCUUUCUUAUUCCGUAUCUACCCUUUUGUUACUGUUAGGUGACUCCUGUCAUGUGUUAUGACACUGUUAUGAAAUGUUAUGACAGUGACUGGAGUUACUCCUAACCUUGACAUGUUACAGAAAUUAUAUAGCCACUCAAUCGCUAUCAUGUUAUGCUAGGUUAAUGUUAAUAACAUAUAUAGAAAGUGCUUUUAUAAUGGUACUGACGUAGUAUGUUUAUGGUACUGACAUUCUAUGUUUAUGGUACUGACAUACUAUGUUUAUGGUACUGACAUUCUAUGUUUAUGGUACAUUAAUGGCAUGGACAUUCUAUGUUUAUGGUACUGACAUUCUAAGUUAUGUUACAUUAAUGGCAUGGACAGUGCUUUUGACUUGUGGUACUGACAUUCUAUGUUUAUGGUACUGACAUUCUAUGUUUAUGGUACUGACAUACUAUGUUUAUGGUACUGACAUACUAUGUUUAUGGUACUGACAUUCUAUGUUUAUGGUACAUUAAUGGCAUGGACAGUGCUUUUGACACUGAAACAAAGGCAUCCAUCUUGGUGUUAUUUACAUGGACAUUUUUAUCCAGAGUGACAUACAUAAGCAAUUAGGAUUAAGUGCCUUGCUCAAGGGCACAUUGACAUAUUUUUCACCUAGUCGUCUCUGGGAUUCGAACUAGCAAACUUUUGGUUACUUAACCACUAGGCUACCUGCCGUCCAUUAUUUCUACCUCACAGAAAGACAACAACGAGUGGGACAACAGGAUUGCUAACGGCAACUCAGAGAUGGAAGAGUAUGAGACAUUGACGGCCAAGUUUCACUUUGUGGACCUGGCCGGUUCUGAAAGGCUGAAGAGAACCGGUGCUACAGGAGACCGAGCUAAGGAGGGAAUCUCCAUCAACUGUGGACUGGUGAGAGUUUGGCUGUGUCUGUGUUUUUUUCUCUCGCAAUUAAAAAAAAUAAAUAUAUAUAUAUAUAUAUACAGUGGGGAGAACAAGUAUUUGAUACACUGCCGAUUUUGCAGGUUUUCCUACUUACAAAGCAUGUAGAGGUCUGUAAUUUUUAUCAUAGGUACACUUCAACUGUGAGAGACGGAAUCUAAAACAAAAAUCCAGAAAAUCACAUUGUAUGAUUUUUAAGUAAUUAAUUUGCAUUUUAUUGCAUGACAUAAGUAUUUGAUACAUCAGAAAAGCAGAACUUAAUAUUUGGUACAGAAACCUUUGUUUGCAAUUACAGAGAUCAUACGUUUCCUGUAGGUCUUGACCAGGUUUGCACACACUGCAGCAGGGAUUUUGGCCCACUCCUCCAUACAGACCUUCUCCAGAUCCUUCAGGUUUCGGGGCUGUCGCUGGGCAAUACGGACUUUCAGCUCCCUCCAAAGAUGUUCUAUUGGGUUCAGGUCUGGAGACUGGCUAGGCCACUCCAGGACCUUGAGAUGCUUCUUACGGAGCCACUCCUUAGUUGCCCUGGCUGUGUGUUUCGGGUCGUUGUCAUGCUGGAAGACCCAGCCACGACCCAUCUGCAAUGCUCUUACUGAGGGAAGGAGGUUGUUGGCCAAGAUCUCGCGAUACAUGGCCCCAUCCAUCCUCCCCUGAAUACGGUGCAGUCGUCCUGUCCCCUUUGCAGAAAAGCAUCCCCAAAGAAUGAUGUUUCCACCUCCAUGCUUCACGGUUGGGAUGGUGUUCUUGGGGUUGUACUCAUCCUUCUUCUUCCUCCAAACACGGCGAGUGGAGUUUAGACCAAAAAGCUAUAUUUUUGUCUCAUCAGACCACAUGACCUUCUCCCAUUCCUCCUCUGGAUCAUCCAGAUGGUCAUUGGCAAACUUCAGACGGGCCUGGACAUGCGCUGGCUUGAGCAGGGGGACCUUGCGUGCACUGCAGGAUUUUAAUCCAUGACGGCGUAGUGUGUUACUAAUGGUUUUCUUUGAGACUGUGGUCCCAGCUCUCUUCAGGUCAUUGACCAGGUCCUGCCGUGUAGUUCUGGGCUGAUCCCUCACCUUCCUCAUGAUCAUUGAUGCCCCACGAGGUGAUAUCUUGCAUGGAGCCCCAGACCGAGGGUGAUUGACCGUCAUCUUGAACUUCUUCCAUUUUCUAAUAAUUGCGCCAACAGUUGUUGCCUUCUCACCAAGUUGCUUGCCUAUUGUCCUGUAGCCCAUCCCAGCCUUGUGCAGGUCUACAAUUGUAUCCCUUAUGUCCUUACACAGCUCUCUGGUCUUGGCCAUUGUGGAGAGGUUGGAGUCUGUUUGAUUGAGUGUGUGGACAGGUGUCUUUUAUACAGGUAACGAGUUCAAACAGGUGCAGUUAAUACAGGUAAUGAGUGGAGAACAGGAGGGCUUCUUAAAUAAAAACUAACAGGUCUGUGAGAGCCGGAAUUCUUACUGGUUGGUAGGUGAUCAAAUACUUAUGUCAUGCAAUAAAAUGCAAAUUAAUUACUUAAAAAUCAUACAAUGUGAUUUUCUGGAUUUUUGUUUUAGAUUCCGUCUCUCACAGUUGUAGCGUACCUAUGAUAAAAAUUACAGACCUCUACAUGCUUUGUAAGUAGGAAAACCUGCAAAAUCGACAGUGUAUCAAAUACUUGUUCUCCCCACUGUAUAUACACACAUACAUACAUAUAUACAUUUACAUUUUAGUCAUUUAGCAGACGCUCUUAUCCAGAGCGACUUACAUAUAUACAUACAUCCAUACACACACGCACACAUAUCCUUUUUUAAAUUAUAUUUCCCUUCAUUACUUUCCAACCCCACCACCCCUUCCCCAAUUGGAGUAAACUAGUGAACAACAACACUUAGGCCUCUACUUCCAGCCCAUACAUACUAUAUACAUUUUAUGGACACAGUCAAAUUCUACAAUAAUUAUAGUUUGUUUGUUUUUACUCCUGAACUUCCUCCGAUCAUUUUCAUGAUGUCCAUCUGGUUUGCUUCUAUAUGCCAUAUUUUUCUAACUGUGCUCUUUCACAAAAGCUCUCAACCUAUAACCUAUAUACUUAUUAUGGACACAGUAUGCUUUACAUUAGUUAUCUUGUUGUUAUUAGUUGUUGUUAUUAGUCCCAUCCUUCAGCUCCAUUCAAAACCUCCCAUCUAUCUCUUAAUACCAUCCAUAUUGGAUUUCUAUUUGCCAUAUAUUUUUCAACUGUACUGUGAUGUUUUACAAAAGUUCUGAACCUUCCUUAUUUCUUAACCUUAAAGUGCCACCUAGUGGUUAAAAUCAGUACCUUGCAAAUACUGUGUGAAGUCGUGACAGCCCAGCAUGAACACAUUUUACAUUUACAUUUUAGUCAUUUAGCAGACGCUCUUAUCCAGAGCGACUUACAGUUAGUGAGUGCAUACAUUUUUCAUACUGGCCCCCCGUGGGAAACGAACCCACAACCCUGGCGUUGCAAGUGCCAUGCUCUGCCAACUGAGCUACAGAGGACUAUAGACUCCUCGAAUGAGAAUCUUUCUGAAAAUACCCUUCAAUAUCUGUUUUUCUGAGUUGUGUUUCUUGGUCAUUUCCUCCAAACUGCAGCUUGCUCUGGGGAAUGUAAUCAGUGCUUUGGGAGACAGGAGCAAGCGAUCCACACAUGUGCCCUACAGAGACUCCAAACUCACCCGGCUCCUACAGGACUCUCUGGGUGGAAACAGGUCUGUUUGCCAUUGGUCAGACCUUUCUCCCUCUCUCUAUAAGGGUUGUUGUCAUAGUAAUCUGGUAUGAUGUGCAUGUCAAACUAAAUGCAUUUUGUCAAUCGAUACAAAUUGUACAUAAGUCAGCUUUGAGGUGUGGGUUUGUUUCUUGUUCUGCCCACAUGUCGUUGGCUUGCCAAGGCAAAGCUGUUAUGUUGUUGAAUGCAUAAAGUCUGGAACCCAUGUUAAUUUGAACUCUCCCAUUACCCUCAGCCAAACGAUGAUGAUAGCCUGCAUCAGUCCGUCUGACCGGGACUUCAUGGAGACCCUGAACGCGUUGAAGUACGCUAACAGAGCCAGGAACAUUAAGAACAAGGUGAUGGUGAACCAGGACAAGGCCUCCCAGCAGAUCUCUGCUCUCAGGACAGAAAUCGCCAGGCUACAGAUGGAACUGAUGGAGUAUAGGACGGUAAGAGAAAGAGAGGUCGGGAGGGAGGGAGGGAGGGAGGGGACAGCAGGUUGGGAAGGGCAUAGUUAAGAGUUGAAGAAAGGGUCAAAUAUUGUGACACGGCGGGAGAGAGGCUGGGAGAGAGAAAUAGAGAGAUGGGGAGGGGGGGGGGGUAUGGAUAGAGCAGAGUGAGAAAGUCAAUAAGAUGAAAAUAACUGGAUAAAAAAAGAAAACAGGUAUAUGAGUAUAUGGAAAUGAGGUAUGACCGUCCGAUAAUCAUUUCCCCUUGGUGAAUUAUAACUCACUAUCUAAACCCAUUUUCCUCUGGUAGGGUAAGCGUAUGGUGGGAGAGGACGGUAUGGAGAGCAUCAACGACAUGGUCCAUGAGAACACCAUGCUGCAGACAGAGAACAGUAACCUGAGGAUCAGGGUCAAAGCCAUGCAGGAGACCAUCGACGCCCAGAGGGCCAGACUCACACGGUACCUCAGUGACCAGGCCAACCAGGUCCUCGCCAGGGCAGGUGAGUGGGGUGUGAUGUGCGUGUUUUCGUAUGUGUCGAUAUGUCUGUGCCAAUCCCCUCACGUCUUAAACAGUUCAUAAGUGUGUUUCCUAAAGUUUUCAUGUUUUGGUUAUUCAGGUGAGGGCAGUGAAGAGAUUGGGAACAUGAUCCAGAGCUAUAUCAAAGAGAUAGAGGACCUUAGGUAAAUAAAUGUCUCCCCUAUAUUAAGAUUAAUACUUUUUAUUUGUCAUUUGAAUUUGUUACAUUUGCAAACUGAACAUUUUUACUGUUACCCCCCUCCUCCCCCUAGGGCCAAACUCCUGGAAAGUGAGUCUAUGAAUGAGAACCUGCGUAAGAACCUGUCGCGUGCCUCCUCACGCCAGUCCUUCUACCCCGGAACCUUCUCCCCUGCCCUACUGGCCCCCGAGAAGGAGGCCUCCGACAUCAUCGAGAUGGCCAAGAAAGAUCUGGAGAAACUCAAGAAGAAGGAGAGGAAGAAGAAGAAGAGGUAAAGAGAGAGGGGGAUGGUGGUUAUAGAAGCAAAUGAUUCAUGUUUUCUUGUUUUGGAAAAAACUAACUCCAGCACACUGGCAAUUCUUGUACACCGUAUAUCCUCAAUGUGUUGCCGUGGUGAGUAACAGUUUGUGAUCCCCAUGUUUCUCUCUAUGACUUCUCUUCCUUCCAUUUCUCUGUACUCCCUGAUUUCAUUCUUUCCUUCCUUCGUUCCUUCCUUGUCAUCUCUCCCCUGUCCUCUCCCCUGUGACCUUUGACCCUUACCUUUCCCUGAAGGCUCCAGCAGCUGCUGGAAGAGAGAGAGAGGGAGGAGCUGGUAGAGGAGGAGGAGGAGGAUGGCAGGUUUGUCACAGGUUCCCCCUUCCCUUUACCACAUUUCCAUUCCUCGCUUCUUCUAAACCGCCAUUUUGUUUUGUUUAGCAGGCAGUUGCCACACCAGAAGGAAAACCUGAGCUCAGUUCUUUCUGUGCUCACUUGUUUCUUUCAGUUUGUUCACCCCGACUGGCUGAUAUGAUGGAAACAAAGCUAUUGGUUCUGUUUUCAUGCACCACCAAUGGCCUUAUCUCUGGGGGGUUUUAACACCCUUUAUUUUGGAAGAUAUUUUUAAAAAAACAGGUUCAUUUACAGAUAAUUACUGUACUGACUUUUUUUGUGCUGCACUGCAUAUUCUGUCAUGCUAGUUUGCUUUUGGUUGUCUUUUUUCCCCUCUAGAAAAUAAAUACUAUUGAACCUUUGGUCUGCUUUGUUCAAUGUUGUCUCGCCCUGCCUCUCUGUUGUCCCCGACUAGUGUCGUCAAGGAAGAAGUCCCCGACAACGACCAAGACCAGGGGACGGAAAAAGAGCUGACUGAGCAGUCCAAUGACGAGCCUGAGAUGGUAUAUUUGACAACCUAUUAGUCCAAUGGUAUCUCAGGAUUAAAAGAGAAGUGCUUUUUUCUGACACUGGAUCAUUUUCUAUUCUGUUUUUGUUUGUGACCUCAGGAGGGGAGUGACCAUGAGGAAGGGGAGGAAGAGGAGGAGGAGGAGGAAGAGGAGGAGAUGGAUGUGGAGGAGAGCUCUGAUGAUUCAGACUCUGAGUCAGAUGAGAAAGGUAAAAUGGCCGUAUAGAAGGGGCAUGGCUCUCCUUGUUUGAGUCAGUGAGUACGGUUACAUGCAUACAAUAAUACGAUUAUUGUGGAUAGUCAGAUUAAUAUAAUAGUUUGUUAUAAAACGUUUACAUGCUUUGCAAUAACUAUUUUCCUAAUAACCCUGUUUCCAUGGACACAUCUGAAAUCAGGCUACCUGAUGGGACUUAAAUACAGUGCAUUCGGAAAGUAUUCAGACCCCUUGACUUUUUCCACAUUUUGUUACGUUACAGCCUUAUUCUAAAAUGGAUUAAAUAAAACAUUUUCCUCAUCAUUCUACACACAAUACCCCAUAAUUACAAAGCGAAAACAGGUUUUUAGAUUUUUUUGUUAAAAAUAACAACAGAAAUACCUUAUUUACAUAAGUAUUCAGACCCUUUGCUAUGAGACUCGAAAUUGAGCUCAGGUGCAUCCUGUUUACAUUUUAUUUAUUUAUUAUUUAACCUUUAUUUAACUAGUCAAGUCAGUUAAUAACAAAUUCUUAUUUACAAUGACGAUCUACCCCGGCCAAACUUUACGACGCUGGGCCAAUCAUCCUUGAGAUGUUUCUACAACUUGAUUGGAGUUCACCUGUGGUAAAUUCAAUUGAUUGGACAUGAUUUGGAAAGGCACACACCUGUCUAAAUAAGGUCCCACAGUUGACAGUGCAUGACAGAGCAAAAACCAAGCCAUGAGGUCGAAGGAAUUUUCCGUAGAGUUCCGAGACAGGAUUGUGUCGAGGCACAGAUCUGGGGAAGGGUACCAAAAAAUGUCUGCAGCAUUGAAGGGCCCCAAGAACACAGUGGCCUCCAUCAUUCUUAAAUGGAAGAAGACUCUUCCUAGAGCUGGCCACCCAGCCAAACUGAGCAAUUGGGGGAGAAGGGCCUUUGUCAGGGAGGUGACCAAGAACCCAAUGGUCACUCUGACAGAGCUCCAGAGUUCCUCUGUGCAGAUGGGAGAACAUUUCAGAAGGACAACCAUCUCUGCAGCACUCCACCAAUCAGGCCUCUAUGGUAGAUUGGCCAGACGGAAGCCACUCCUCAGUAAAAGGCACAUGACAGCCCGCUUGGAGUUUGCAAGAAAGGCAUCUAAAGGACUCUCAGACCAUGAGAAACAAGAUUCUCUGGUCUGAUGAAACCAAGAUUGAACUCUUUGGCCUGAAUGCCAAGCGUCACGUCUGGAGGAAACCUGGCACCAUCCCUACGGUGAAGCAUGGUGGUGGCAGCAUCAUGCUGUGGUGAAAUUUUUCAGCAGCAGGGACUGGGAGACUAGUCAGGAUCAAGGGAAAGAUGAACGGAGCAAAGUACAGAGAGAUCCUUGAUGAAAACCUGCUCCAGAGCGCUCAGGACCUCAGAUUGGGGUGAAGGUUCACCUUCCAACAGGACAACAACUCUAAGCACACAGCCAAGACAACGCAGGAGUGGCUUUAGGACAAGUCUCUGAAUGUCCUUGAGUGGCCCGGCCAGAGCCCGGAAUCGAUCGAACUGGAUCUCUGGAGAGACCUGAAAAUAGCUGUGCAGCGACGCUCCCCAUCCAACCUGACAGAGCUUGAGAGGAUCUGUUUUUUUUGCUUUGUCAUUAUGAGGUAUUGUGUGUAGCUUGAUGAGGGGGUAAAAUACAAUGUAAUCAAUUUUAGAAUAAGGUUGUAACGAAAAGUCAUGCACUGUAAAUGCAGAAAAUCAUAAUAAACGUUCUACCACAUGUUAUUUUUGCGAAGCCUAUUUGAUUCUGAGUUCGGACAUAUAAAGUUUGUAUGUGAACUAUUUCUAAGAUGCAUACUUUUAAGUUUUUCUGAACUCACUUCACUUGCGCAUAAGAGGGAGGCUUGCGUUACCGGUGCUGUCACAUGAGCAGAUCAAAUACACUGCUUGAAUGCCGAUUUAAGCUGUUUACAGGAAUUAAUCAUUAGAAAGAUUGCUCAGAAAACCAAGUGCGUUAAUCGGCGGAUGCUUACUUUGAUUUUUUUACUUACGCCGAUUAAGAUAAGCAAAGUAAGGCCAUACUCCGUCUACUGCCAUAAUCAGUUUAACAUGGAUUUAUUAGUGUGCAUGUAAAUGCACUCAUUGAUUUGUGGUAAGACAAAAACAUUUGGAGUGUUAUCUAUUUUAGAGACUCCCUGUAGCAUCAAGUAACUAACAUGCUUGCAAAAUGAGACAUUGUUUUUGGUAGAGAAUGUGUUUCAUUAACUUACCUGGUUGAAAAAGGCAAUAUGUUUUAUUUUAAAGUGAGUGUAACACAGCUAAAGUAUAUUUCACCAUGUUUAAUAUACUUCAGCCAGCGAACUAUCAGGCAGACCUGGCCAACAUCACUGUGUGAGAUCUACUGAAUAUGUCUGUCAAUGUGAAACCCAUGUGAAUAUACUUCACCCACCAGAGAACUUCCAGGCGGACCUGGCCAACAUCACGUGUGAGAUCGCCAUCAAGCAGAAGCUGAUAGAUGAACUGGAGAACAGCCAGCGCCGUCUGCACACGCUCAAGCAGCAGUACGAACAGAAACUGAUGAUGCUGCAGAGUAAGAUCAGAGACACGCAGCUGGAGAGAGACCGGGUGCUGCACAACAUGGGUACGUGUCGUCACGGUACCAACUGGAACGUGUGACUGCUGCACAGCUAUGGGAGAUGGUUAAGGCCGUCACUGGCUACAGUUGACACUGUGAAGAUGUUUUAGUUUUAUUUUGCUGUGGUUCUUUAGAACCUGUAACACGAAGGCUAUUGAACGGAUGAUUCCAUCUGUUGAUUUUAAAGCAGGGGUGGCCAACCCUCCACUGGAGAGCUGGAUUGUAUUUAUCCCUACUCUAACACACCUGAUUCAGCUGAUCACUUGAGGUCCUGGGGCCUCAUUUAUCAACCGUGCGUGCAUUUCUUUAAACAUUCUGGCAUACGUGGAGAUUCUAGGAUUUGCAUGCGAAAGUUGGAUAAAUCACAAUAAUUUGUGGCUUACGCAAAUCCUAGAAUCUCCACGUACGCCAGAAUUUAGUAAGAAACAUAUAUGCAUGUUUUCAUUGAUAAACAGAGCCAUAUUAUAUUUGUGCGGUAGUGAACAGUCCCGCCUGGAAAACACCCUCCAUUUACCUUUUAUUUGGAGAUGAUUUAUGAUGUAUGAUUUGGACAUGUUGGAACUGGGCCAUGACAGUUUAUAAAAGAAAGGGAACUGGGCCAUGACAGUUUAUAAAAGAAAGCGCAAUGUCAAAUUUGAUCACAUUUCUGUAGAGGUGUGGGCAGAAUGUUGCAGUGACUUCUCCAAACAAAAAAUCCAUGGCGCCUAGCAAGUGACAAACACUGGUCGCGCAUUCUGCAAGAUUGAUUGUCCUUUUGAACAAUUUAAAAGGAAAUGUUACAGCCCACUCUUCUAUGCAAAAGACACAUUGUUUUUCAUGAUAUUGUUUAUCAAUACAUGAUUGUGUUUCCAUCUCCUGCCUUGGUAUAGGCUCUGAAAUGAAAUGGGCUAUGAUGUCACGCAUCUAAUCCUAUCGCACAGCAAAUGUAGCCAUACUGUCUCAUACUGUCAAGGCUUCCCGUUUGUUUACUUUCCAGCAUGCUUGGCUAUUGAAUGAGAGAUUUGAUAAAUGGUAGCCUAAUAUUUGUUGUGUAGCGUGAAUAAUUUAAAUCAGUUCUGUCAGAAAAGGAGAGACGUCCUGCGAUAUGAUUAUGAUUUAGGCCAAUAUAAUAAAAGUAAAAUAAACACAUUAGACGACAUGCUGCUAUGCGAUCGCCUUGCCAACGGCAAAUGCAUCUGUUUUAUCAUUAGGUCUACGUUUUAAUGUUUUCAGUAGCCUACCAUUAUUAUAAUUCCCGUGCAUCAUAUACCUCCCAUUUCCCUCAAACGAACAGUAAGCAUUUUUGCUUGCAAUACAGUUGGAUCAACCUUCUAGAAGUUGUGCACACGGAUGGUUUGAGAUUUGCGUAGAGAUACGCACACUUUUCUGCCAAGUUCAAAAUGUAUAACUACCAACAUUUGCAGGAAAACUGAUGCACGCAAUAUUUUGAGUAUAUUUGCAAGCACCUUUGAUAAAUGAGGCCCCUGGUGAGCAACUGACUAAUAUAAUCAGGUGUGAAGGGUUACAGCAGGGCUGGAGCGUUCGUUGGGUCUAAAAAUGACCCUUUUUUCUCUUUGCCCCCCCCCCAGGCUCAGUGGAGACGUGCAGCGACGAUAAGGCUAAGAAGAUCAAGCAGGAGUACGAGAAGAAGCUGAGCGUCAUGAACAGGGAACUACAGAAGUUACAGUCAGCCCAGAAGGAACACGCACGCCUUCUCAAGAACCAAUCCAAGUACGAGACACAGCUGAAGAAGCUUCAAAUGGAUGUCACGGAGAUGAAGAAGACAAAGGUAGAAAGAAGACGUUCUUGAACCUGACCCACAAACGCAACGACACUGUUAACCACUGUUAAGCACUCACAUGACAGUGCCAUUGUGAAGUGUUGAUGUUUGUUGGUACAAAAUGUAUGCUGUACUGAUAUUGUUGUGAGGAAUCGGCCAGAAUGAAGUCGAGCAAACUGCCCAGAACAGGGUUCACUGCUGAGUUCCAUCGCUCCGCUAGGAAUGUCAAGUCAUUCAAGACUGAUAUUGAUGUAAAUGUGAAUGCGCUGUAUUGUGCAGGUUCGUCUGAUGAAGCAGAUGAAGGAGCAGCAGGAGAGGAACAGGAUGACAGAGUCCAGGAGGAACAGAGAGAUCGCUACCCUCAAGAAGGACCAGCGCAAACAGGAGGUGAACCGUAGUAUCCGUAGCUUAGUUUAACAGGCUUGGCGCUGUACUAGCCUUUUCAUCAUGCUGACCCAAACUGUUUUUCCUGUAGCUCGUUAUCCAGUGACUAAAGUUGUGGCAGUUUCACAAUUUAAGGAUUCCAGCUUGAAGCACAUUUUUAGCAACUUAAUGCUACUGGCGUUACUGAAUGCCAUGUUAAUGUGUGUUCCACAGCACCAGCUGAAGCUACUAGAGGCCCAGAAGAGACAACAGGAGCUCAUUCUGCGCAGGAAGACUGAGGAGGUGAGCAACAUGAACGGCCAUCUUGGGGCCUUCACGUAGUAGUAAAAGGAUGUAGUAUACAGCAGUGAUAUAUAUUAUACAGUUACACAACACUAGAAGCAGUGACACACAUCCUCUCAACUUGAAAUGAUCUAGUUGGAUCUAAUUAUCUAAGUUCAAGGAACUUUGAAGUUUAUCCUAGGACCAGAAACUAAAAGCUUUUUUUUCCCCAAAUUCUGUUGUGACCUUUGGUACCUGGAAUAGGAUAUUCGCUUGGGAACGGAGGUAGUAGGAACCAUUGGCCAGGGUCAGAGAGCAGAGGUACAAGCGAGAGUAGACUGUCAAUGACAGAUUUUGUUCAUAAGAGUUCAAGACAGUUCAAAAUCACUGAUAACAAGAAACAUGGCAGUUUUGUAAAUAAAAUAUAAAGCUCCUACUAUUCUAUUGAGAUGAGCAAACUUCAGCAUCAGGCGGUGGUGAUUCUGGUGGCGGAUGACUGUCUACUUACGUGUGUGUGUGUGUCUCUGUACCAGGUGUCUGCUCUGAGGAGACAGGCCAGGCCUAUGUCUGGUAAGGUGACCAGCAGGAAGGUAAGUCUCCCAGAGCCCCUCCAGGACUCCGCCCACCGACCCCCCUCAGGACGCCUGCACUCCUCUGGCUCCACCGCCCCUAACGGAACCAGGUAGGGACUAGACAACAGGUCACUGCAGUGCCGUUUUGUGUGUGUAUGUGCUUGAGUUUCUGUAUUACACUGCAUGGUGUAUGUAGAGCAAUCAGUAUGGCUUUUACAGUUGAAAAAAACAGCUUCUAGCGAGAGAACAUGAGACUUGCAUGCACCUACACCUACAGUGUACGUGCCUCAAAAGUGAGGUUGUGGGGUGUUGUCUCUCUCUCUCCUCACUCUCCACAUCUACCUCCUCUCCCUCCAAAAAGAUACUAUCUCUACAAGAGCGAGAUCCUCGUCGAGAAGCAAAACGCCUCUCUCUACCUCUAGACUAUCUCUUCUCAUCUCCUCUCUCUCCUCCUCCUCUCAUCUCUCUUCCUCCUCCUCCUCAUAGCCUCUAUUCUCUCUCCUCUCUCUAUUCAGGUCCUACUACAGGCGGUCGACGGGCAUAUAUUCCACCAGAGUGGCCAGGGUGAAGUGGCAGUCUCUGGAGCGUCGUAUCUCUGAUGUCAUCAUGCAGAGGAUGACCAUCUCCAACAUGGAGUCUGAAAUGAACCGCCUGCUCAAGGUAAACAUUCAAUAAUGGUAAACAUUCACUUCUGGUAAACAUUCAAUAAUGGUAAACAUUAACUACUGGUAAACAUUCAAUACUGGUAAACAUUAAAUGCUGUUCACCUUUUUAUUUGGUGAAUAUUGUUUACAAAUGGUAUGAUACUAUGUUACGCUAAAUUAGCGGUGUUAGCAUUAACAUUAAUAUUGAAAACGUUGGCAAACCCCUCCUUUCCCUGCUUCCUCUCUCCUCUCCUCCCCCGUACACCCUCCCUCCUACUCCACUCUCCCCCCUCCAUCUUUCCUCCCUCCUCCACAGCAACGUGAGGAGCUGACCAAGCGGAGGGAGAAGCUGACCAGGAAGAGGGACAGGCUGGCGGGGGAGGGGCCUGAGGCCGAGAAGGCGGUGCUUCACCUCAACGAGGAAGUGGACGCCGUGAUGGCCAACAUAGACUACAUCAACGACAGCAUCGCUGACUGCCAGGCCAACAUUAUGCAGAUGGAGGAAGCCAAGGUGACACAGACAGACACACACGCAGACAGGCACACGGACACAGACAGACAGACCGUAAUCAUUAGCAGUAAGUGUCUCUAAAAAUUGAGGAGUGGGGACGAGGAAGAAGCCACAGAAGAGUUUUGAGAUCCACCCAUGGCCAAUCAGGGCUCCCAAGCAGCACAGAUCUCGCAAACCAAAGAGCUAUUCCAUGAUUUUGAGUAACAUGUACCCUAAAAGCAGGAAGGUAAUUGGGCUGAUAUUAGGCAGUUUUUCCAGACUGUGUGACCAUAAUAUCUGCAUUUACAGGAGGAGGUUGACACGGUGGAUGUUUCCGCCGUCAUCAGCUCCUGUACCCUAACAGAAGCCCGCUUCCUGCUGGACCACUUCAUGUCUAUGGCUAUCAACAGAGUAAAUAACUUACUGCCGUUUACCUGUCCCUCCCUAGUUCCUACCCCGUCUCUCACACCAUUGGUUUCACCUGGAAUUGACUUAGUUUAAACCCAGGUUCCAUAUGUACCCAAUUAAAGUCAGUUUCUACGAUUGUAAAUGUGUUUAGUUCUGUGUGUGUAUGCACAAGCACCCUCCUCAUUGUGUAUUCAUCUUUUGUGUGUGUUCUGUGAAGUAUUCCACACAAGCAUAGCUCGGAUUGUUGACUCUUAGUGACCCGUCUUAUAGCUGACCAUUGACCUUUUGACCUCCACCCCAUCCCAGGGUCUGCAGGCAGCUCAGAAGGAGUCCCAGGUGAAGGUGAUGGAGGGCAGGCUGAAGCAGACUGAGAUCACCAGUGCCACUCAGAACCAGCUGCUGUUCCACAUGCUGAAGGAGAAGGCUGAGUUUAACCCCGAACUGGACGCCCUGCUGGGGAAUGCUCUGCAAGGUAACAGUCCUAACCCCAACCUUCCAGCCCGCCAGCCACACACUGAAAAAUGUAUACAGAUGUAGGAUCAGCAGGAAAUGCAAGCUUGUAGUGUAUUCAAGAUUUUAAAAUGCUUCUAAAGUUUGUAAUUUCCACUUUAAAAUGUCAGACUUGAUUUGCCCUAAUGAAACAUUUAUCAUUUGAGGAUUAUUUUCCUGCUGUAGCGAACUGGCUCAAAUUAAGAUCCUACAUCUGUAGUUCAGUCCAAGGCCUUGACCCUGACCUACUCACCCCUUGCCACUGGAGGUCCGUGAGGUCAAGCCCACAAUGCUAUCAGGCCUGGCUCACCCCAUAAUCAUGUAGGCUUGAAUAAAUAACUAAGCAAAAAUAACUAAGCAAAGUCAUUGAAGUUUACCUGCGUGUUGGUGUUCACCUUGUCAGCCCACUGCUUUGUUGGGAUGGCCUCCAGAACCAGGGCUGGGUGGUUAUGGUCUACUGCAUGAUGAUUUGAGCCUGUUAAGUUGCUCUCGCUCGUUGCCUCCUCCUGAAUAGAUGCUGCUUUCAAAAGUCACCCCAAUUUUUUUUUGCAAUCACACAAAUGUCAGUUGGACUAAGAAAGCCUCUCUGGCGCUGUCGUUUUUGUGUUACAUUAUUUAUCAAGUUUGGAAACCCAUCAGUUUUUGUUUCAUGGUUAUAGAGCUUAUAUUUUGUUACGGGGUUGACAUUUUGUUAUUGAGCUGACCAUUUAUUAUGGUUCCAUUUAAUGUUUUUCUAUUUUCACCAGCAUCUGUUGAGGAGGAUGUCCUGACUUUUGAACCGUCUUUUCUUUUGGACUUGAUUUGGUUUGUGAUUAUGGGGGAAUGAAUGAAUGUGUUUUUCAUUUGUGUGUUGCCUUUUUUCUGCCCCCGCCCAUGGUGCCUUAAUGUAUACAGAGCUAGGUAACAUGCCAGUGGGUAAGUAACAGACACCAGACUCUCUCUCUCUAUAUAUAUAUAUAUGUUUAUAUGAAUGCAUGGGUCCCCCUCCUGGAAACUAACUCAGCAACAUAACAUGAGCAGGUGCAUGAGGUGUAAUGUCUUCAGGCCUCCCUCCAUCUGUCAGCUGACCCUUCUCUUCCUCCCAAUGUGUCUUCAGGCCUCCCUCCAUCUGUCAGCUGACCCUUCUCUUCCUCCCAAUGUGUCUUCAGGCCUCCCUCCAUCUGUCAGCUGACCCUUCUCUUCCUCCCAAUGUGUCUUCAGGCCUCCCUCCAUCUGUCAGCUGACCCUUCUCUUCCUCCCAAUGUGUCUUCAGGCCUCCCUCCAUCUGUCAGCUGACCCUUCUCUUCCUCCCAAUGUGUCUUCAGGCCUCCCUCCAUCUGUCAGCUGACCCUUCUCUUCCUCCCAAUGUGUCUUCAGGCCUCCCUCCAUCUGUCAGCUGACCCUUCUCUUCCUCCCAAUGUGUCUUCAGGCCUCCCUCCAUCUGUCAGCUGACCCUCUUCCUCCCAAUGUGUCUUCAGGCCUCCCUCCAUCUGUCAGCUGACCCUUCUCUUCCUCCCAAUGUGUCUUCAGGCCUCCCUCCAUCUGUCAGCUGACCCUUCUCUUCCUCCCAAUGUGUCUUCAGGCCUCCCUCCAUCUGUCAGCUGACCCUUCUCUUCCUCCCAAUGUGUCUUCAGGCCUCCCUCCAUCUGUCAGCUGACCCUUCUCUUCCUCCCAAUGUGUCUUCAGGCCUCCCUCCAUCUGUCAGCUGACCCUUCUCUUCCUCCCAAUGUGUCUUCAGGCCUCCCUCCAUCUGUCAGCUGACCCUUCUCUUCCUCCCAAUGUGUCUUCAGGCCUCCCUCCAUCUGUCAGCUGACCCUUCUCUUCCUCCCAAUGUGUCUUCAGGCCUCCCUCCAUCUGUCAGCUGACCCUUCUCUUCCUCCCAAUGUGUCUUCAGGCCUCCCUCCAUCUGUCAGCUGACCCUUCUCUUCCUCCCAAUGUGUCUUCAGGCCUCCCUCCAUCUGUCAGCUGACCCUUCUCUUCCCUUCCUCCCAAUGUGUCUUCAGGCCUCCCUCCAUCUGUCAGCUGACCCUUCUCUUCCUCCCAAUGUGUCUUCAGGCCUCCCUCCAUCUGUCAGCUGACCCUUCUCUUCCUCCCAAUGUGUCUUCAGGCCUCCCUCCAUCUGUCAGCUGACCCUUCUCUUCCUCCCAAUGUGUCUUCAGGCCUCCCUCCAUCUGUCAGCUGACCCUUCUCUUCCUCCCAAUGUGUCUUCAGGCCUCCCUCCAUCUGUCAGCUGACCCUUCUCUUCCUCCCAAUGUGUCUUCAGGCCUCCCUCCAUCUGUCAGCUGACCCUUCUCUUCCUCCCAAUGUGUCUUCAGGCCUCCCUCCAUCUGUCAGCUGACCCUUCUCUUCCUCCCAAUGUGUCUUCAGGCCUCCCUCCAUCUGUCAGCUGACCCUUCUCUUCCUCCCAAUGUGUCUUCAGGCCUCCCUCCAUCUGUCAGCUGACCCUUCUCUUCCUCCCAAUGUGUCUUCAGGCCUCCCUCCAUCUGUCAGCUGACCCUUCUCUUCCUCCCAAUGUGUCUUCAGGCCUCCCUCCAUCUGUCAGCUGACCCUUCUCUUCCUCCCAAUGUGUCUUCAGGCCUCCCUCCAUCUGUCAGCUGACCCUUCUCUUCCUCCCAAUGUGUCUUCAGGCCUCCCUCCAUCUGUCAGCUGACCCUUCUCUUCCUCCCAAUGUGUCUUCAGGCCUCCCUCCAUCUGUCAGCUGACCCUUCUCUUCCUCCCAAUGUGUCUUCAGGCCUCCCUCCAUCUGUCAGCUGACCCUUCUCUUCCUCCCAAUGUGUCUUCAGGCCUCCCUCCAUCUGUCAGCUGACCCUUCUCUUCCUCCCAAUGUGUCUUCAGGCCUCCCUCCAUCUGUCAGCUGACCCUUCUCUUCCUCCCAAUGUGUCUUCAGGCCUCCCUCCAUCUGUCAGCUGACCCUUCUCUUCCUCCCAAUGUGUCUUCAGGCCUCCCUCCAUCUGUCAGCUGACCCUUCUCUUCCUCCCAAUGUGUCUUCAGGCCUCCCUCCAUCUGUCAGCUGACCCUUCUCUUCCUCCCAAUGUGAAAGAACCCCUCUCCCAGUCUCAGCUUACUGUGUGUUCUAGCCACCAUGCCUUAUAGUGUAGCACCUGUUAAUAUAACUACUGUACCUGUAUCUUCAGAGGACCCUGCCCUUCCCAGGUAGAACCAGGAAGUUUGUCUCAGUUGGACCCUGUAGGCAAACCACACUGCCCCGGGAGCGACAGUCAGACUAAUGAUUCCUACCUUGUUGACCUCUCAUCUCGGUUUUCCCCUCCCUUCAUAGCCCCUCACAUCUGACCUCUCUUUACCCUCUCACCCUUUCAAAACCCUGAGCCCUGUCAACCCUUCCAUCUCAGUGACUGGACAAGGACCAGGUCUUUUCAGGUCUUUUCAGGCAACUUGUAUAAAACGGCAUGGCGCUGCGCUGACAUCAUAUUCAUCUGCUUCUUCUCCUUGUCCAUUAUCACCACAUCUACCUUGUUCAAUAAUAUAAACCACAUAUUGUUGACAUCUGUUUGUAGCCAACACAGUACUAGGAUAACCUUUGGUUCAGUAAACGGUUUUACCCUUGUUCCAUGUUUGGUUGGACAAUGGGCAGGUAUUUGGACUACUAGACAGAACUUUAAAAGUUUGUUGGAAUUUAGUCAUAACACACAAAGAAUAAUCAUUUUCUAUGGAUGUUGUUUGGCUCUGACAUACAGUUCAACUGACAUUUUGGGUACUCUAAUUUCACAGAGAACGGGGAGGACAGCAGCAGUGACGAAUCUGCCCAGAGUCCUGCAACAGAGGGACAGUCAGUAUCACUCAAAUUACAAAACAAAAUGGUAAACAUUUGACUUAUAGUUUUAUGGUAAGUAAUGUAUUCCACUUCCUCGUUCCAGCUCCCUGGCAUCAGAUCUAAUGAAACUCUGUGGAGAGACCAAAACCAGGAGCAAGGUACCAUUAUCAGCCUAUUAGUGUGUUAGUGUAUGGUCUUGUUUUAUUGACCUCGUGGGGACGUGUGUGUGUGGUCUUGUUUUAUUGACCUCGUGGGGACGUGUGUGUGGUCUUGUUUUAUUGACCUCGUGGGGACGUGUGUGUGUGGUCUUGUUUUAUUGACCUCGUGGGGACGUGUGUGUGUGGUCUUGUUUUAUUGACCUCGUGGGGACGUGUGUGUGGUCUUGUUUUAUUGACCCCGUGGGGACGUGUGUGUGGUCUUGUUUUAUUGACCUCGUGGGGACGUGUGUGUGGUCUUGUUUUAUUGACCUCGUGGGGACAUUGGUGUUUUCUUGAAUGUAAAUGUGUUUCUCCCCUCACAGGCUCGUAGAAGAACCACCACUCAGAUGGAGUUGCUCUACGCCAAUAGUGACGCCGCCCAUGACACGCCCAGCGGAGAUUUUUCCUCCCCCUGUCUCCAAUUGGCUGAAACACCAGAAGAGGGCAGAGAUCCUGAGACCCCCAUUGGCUCAUCAGUCAGGGACAGAGACUAUAUGGCUCAUUCUCCUGGCUUGUCCUCUAAGAUGGGCAGCAUGUAAGUCUGGGCCAGCGCAUGCUAACUGCUAACUGUUAACCAUCUGCUUCCUGCAUGUUAAUAUAACUGCUGCUUAAUCUGUUUUAAUUUUGCCUGACCUUGCCUGACAUGUUCUUUAAACCUGCCCUAUUGGAUUGUAAGUCUCCUUCCUCGGCCAGUAGAAACCAAAACAUAUCCCUUUAGAAAUAACACUAACACUACAGACAGACAAAUGCAUGCAAACACAGAGACAGACCCACAACCACGCACAUGAUUAUGAGGCUUGUACAGGAUGACCAUGCAGGUCUCAUGUUCUCUCGCUAGAUGCUAUGCUCCAAAUGCAAUAGGCCUAUGUUAACUUUCCACAAUAAUAGCAGCUGCAUCUUUUAACAUGUAAAGCAAAUAGUUAAUAAUGCUAGCCAGUAGUGCACUGUAGCUUUCUAUGGCUUGAGCUGGAAUCUUAGCUGAGAACCAAUUCUAGCUUGACUUGAAUUAGUAAGAUGUGGAGCUGGGGGACUGAUUUGAGUGUGAUACAGUAUAUAUAGCCCUAAUGCUACACCAUAGUGUCCUUUAUGAACCACAAGCUUCGUGAAGGAGGAUGAAUGUCAGGUAACAGUGUGCUAUGUGUGUACCACAUGCUCACCGCCUCCAUAUUGUUUUAUUUCUGAUUUUGUUUACAUCCUUGUUGUCCUUUUUGUUCCUUAUGUUUUUUGUCGUUGCUAAUAACAAUCAAACUAAAUGCUAGUUCCGGCUGCAGAGCUGCCUCCUCCUCGGGGGCGGAAAAGAGAGUUCCAGAGCCCUCGCCGCUCUCUCGCAGGAAGACCUAUGACAGGGCACAAGCGGCGGCUAAGGUCAAGGAGAUCAAACAGUAAGAGACUAGCGACGCUCUGGUGGCCGGAGGCCAAAAGCACAUCUUUUUCCAACAGCCCAUGAUAUCCACCUUUCCCUUUCCUGAAUAUCCUAUCUCAGGAAGCAUGUGGUGUUAUCUUAAUCAACAAUUAUCUGCCUGGUGUGAUUAUAAACUUACCCUGCCAAGUUCUGCACUGAAUAUCAAGUAUUGAGCUUAUUCUUGGGAAAUAUAGCUAAAUACGUUCCUAUAUCCCUCUUGAAUGAGACUAAAUUAUUUACUUCUGUUUCUCAAAGCGAUUCUUUAGUAUUCCAUUUUAAUUCAGUGUUCAACUUGACCCUCUCAACCUCUUCAAACUCUCUAAUGCAUAUUUGGCAAAUACGAUAUAUAAAUCCUAUAUAUUGUCAUUGCAGCGCUAACCAACUAUUCCUCUCAAACACUUUGAAGUGGAUGUAAUCUAAAAAGCUAAAGGUCAGGGUGAGGGGAACCAUGCUGAAAGCUGUUUCCAUUUUGAUUCAAACCCUGAGUGAACAAACGGUCUUUCCCGAUCAGUUCUCAUGACAACAGGUGAUGAGCAUGCACAACUCAAUGUUCUUCGACCAAACGUGAAAAGACUUGUGCUGAGUCUCAGAAAUGAGUGCAGGUGGAUAGGAAGGGUUUCAGAGAAGACAUAAAGGGAUAGUUUCCAACAAUGAAAGAUGUUUAUCUAUUUUAGCCUAUACUAUCUGAGGUGUGUGUAUGUGCGUGCGUGCAUGAAUGCGCAUUUCCACUGGGUGUGUGUGUGUGUGUGUGUGUGUGUGUGUGAGAGAUCUUGUACAGUACACUGUACACACUCAGUUCAAAGGCAACUGACUUGUCCUCUGCUUAUGUAUGUAAACUGAGCCUCAGCCUCCCUGUCCACUGUACCAGCUGUGAUACGAGGAAUUCCGACGCCAGCACCCCGUCUCCCCCAUCCUCCCCCUCCAACCGCCCUCGUAGCCAAGGCAACGUAUUUGUACGUCUGACAGGGUGUCUGGAGAGAGUAGACAGACCGCAGGAUAAGUAAGAGGAAGACAUAGGUUAUAAGUAAUAAGCAUACAUUAUAGUUAAGUUAUACACAUUUUAUAAGUAAUAAGCAUUACUUUUAGUUCAAAAAGUUAGUUAUAGUCUAUACAACUAACUUUAUGAGCAAGGAGGCCCUGGCAGUCAAAUUACCAAUCACAUGUAUUGUUUACAGGUAUGCUGCAUACAUUAGGUAGGCUAUAAUAUUGGGAUUGGUGAGCUCUCUCUCUCUCUCAACUGCACAUUAGGAGCUACAUCUAAACCACUCAAGACACUUUGUCACCCCUCUAGCAAGAUUUAGAAAAACAUCAUUGUCCACAGAAUUCCCCUGGCCUGUUCUAGAUCACCUUCCCUUUCCCACACGCACACGGGACAAGUAAAAAUCUCUAUCAAAUCCAAGUUUAUUUGUCGCACACACAGAUCAUCAGAUGUUAAAGCAGGUGCAGCAAAAUGCUAAUGUGUUUAGCUCCAGCAGUGCUGUAAGUGUUUAACAGUACAAUACUAAUGCACAAAUAAUCCCUCCACCCCAAGACAUUAAGAAAUAUCAGAACGAGGAAUAUCAGAGUCCCGAAUAUAAAUAUGUGGUGUGUGUGUGUGUGUGUGUGUAUAGACAACAUACAAGUAGGAAAAGGUAUGUACAGCAGUAGUUCUAUGGGAUGAGCUAUGUCCAGAAUACAGUAUGUACAGCAGUAGUUAUAUAGGAUGAGCUAUGUCCAGAAUACUGUGUGUACGGCAGUAGUUAUAUAGGAUGAGCUAUGUCCAGAAUACAGUAUGUACCGCAGUAGUUCUAUAGGAUGAGCUAUGUCCAGAAUACAGUAUGUACAGCAGUAGUUCUAUAGGAUGAGCUAUGUCCAGAAUACAGUAUGUACAGCAGUAGUUAUAUGGGAUGAGCUAUGUCCAGAAUACUGUGUGUACAGCAGUAGUUAUAUAGGAUGAGCUAUGUCCAGAAUACUGUAUGUACAGCAGUAGUUAUAUAGGAUGAGCUAUGUCCAGAAUACAGUAUGUACAGCAGUAGUUAUAUGGGAUGAGCUAUGUCCAGAAUACUGUGUGUACAGCAGUAGUUAUAUAGGAUGAGCUAUGUCCAGAAUACUGUGUGUACAGCAGUAGUUAUAUAGGAUGAGCUAUGUCCAGAAUACUGUGUGUACGGCAGUAGUUAUAUAGGAUGAGCUAUGUCCAGAAUACUGUGUGUACAGCAGUAGUUAUAUAGGAUGAGCUAUGUCCAGAAUACUGUGUGUACAGCAGUAGUUAUAUAGGAUGAGCUAUGUCCAGAAUACAGUAUGUACAGCAGUAGUUAUAUAGGAUGAGCUAUGUCCAGAAUACUGUGUGUACGGCAGUAGUUAUAUAGGAUGAGCUAUGUCCAGAAUACUGUGUGUACGGCAGUAGUUCUAUAGGAUGAGCUAUGUCCAGAAUACAGUAUGUACAUAUAAAGUGAGUAAUCGAUUUCUCAGAGAUCAACUUACAUUUCAACAAAAUAAUGUUGCAGGAUGUGGAUGGAGGCGUGUUCACUCUGCUGUCUCCUGUAGUCCAUGAUCAGUUCCUUCGUUUUGUUGAAGGAGAGGUUAUUUUCCUGGCACCACCAGGGCUCUCACCUCCUCCCUGUAGGCUGUGUCGUCGUUGUUGGUAAUCAGGCCUACCACUGUUGUGUCCUCAACAAACUUAAUGAUUGAGUUGGAUGAACAGGUUGUGCAGGAGGGGGCUGAGCACGCACCCCUGUGGGGUCACCGUGUUGAGGAUCUGCGAAGUGGAGGUGUUGUUGCCUACCUUCACCACCUGGGGUCGGCUCGUCAGGAAGUUCAGGACCCAGUUGCACAGGGAGGGGUUCAAACCCAGGGCCCUUAGCUUAGUGAUGAUCUUGGAGGGCACUAUGGUGUUGAAGGCUGAGCUAUAGCAUAGAUUCCGAUUGGUCAGACCAGCGUUGAACAGUCCUUACCAUGGGUGCUUCCUGUUUAAGUUUCUGGAGGAGCAGGAUGGAGGCGUGUUCUGAUUUGCCGAAGGGGAGGCGGGGGAGGACCUUGUAGCCGUCCCGGAAGGGAGAGAUACAAUGAUCAAGCGUGUUCUCUCCACGUGUAGCACAGGAGAAGUGUUGGUAGAAUUUCUUGAGCGUUUUCCUCAGAUUUCCUUUCCAAGUAUCUAUUUUCCUUCUGUUGACAUUCGUGGGUGGAGACUUCAUCCACGCUACUGUCACUUGCUUACUCACUCACACGGUGUGCUUUAUCUGGUGUGUCCCUACCUGCACAAGGAAUUGUUUUUGUCACCCAACAACUUUUAUUCAAGAACAAGAAUUAAAGUUUCAAGUGAAAGUACUGUCAUUGUAGAAGGAUUGUGUUUAUAACAAAAUGUUACUUUCAGCUCUAUUGAAAAUCUCUGCCAGUUACGCCACCAAUAUUUACUUGUGUUCCCCCUGUCUUAGCCAGUGUGUUGAUGUGUUGUGGGCUGGGAGGAGAGUGGUUCCAUAAAUGUAAAAUGGUACACAGGCAGGCUUUUCUCUGGGACUUAGCCUGACCAUUCUUGUGGACGGACACUGUCACUUUGGGUGCUUCAUUUUUUACUUUGAUUUGCAGCAUGUUGCUAACUGGCCAAACGGCUGCAUGUAAUGUGUAUGCAUCUGUGGCUGCAGUGAUGGGCUGUUGGGUAGUGCUCUUUAUAUAGCAGUACUGUGUGUGGGGGAGGUGGCAUUUAGACUGCUAUGUUUAGAUAGUUCUGUAUCCUACUACAGUAUAUGAUUUUCAAAAACGUAAGUAGGCGAUAUCAGUUACCAUGUUCUCUGAUCCUGCUAUGGACAUCUCAAUACCUGUGUGUGCGUGGUUUCUUCCUCUAGAGGGGUGAUCAACCCAGUGCCCUCCUCAAAGGGCAGUCGGUCAGCAACACUACAAUGUGUCCAUGUGGCUGAGGGUCACACUAAAGCUGUGUUGUGUGUUGACUCUACUGAUGACCUCCUCUUCACCGGCUCCAAAGGUCAGACUCUGUCCACUUCUCUUCCUCACUCACCUUCAUCAGCGGAUCACUAUAAUUGAUCACAGAUCAAUAAUGUCUCAUGAAUAAUGUCUCAUGUCUUGUUGUUGUUAUGAGGCUGACACACAGUAUUGUCUCCCCUCCCCUCUCCCCUCCUUUCAGACCGUACGUGUAAGGUGUGGAACCUGGUGACGGGUCAGGAAAUCAUGUCCCUGGCGGGUCACCAAAACAAUGUGGUGUCAGUCCGCUACAGCUCCAGCCUGGUCUUCACCGUCUCCACCUCCUACAUCAAGGUCUGGGACAUCCGAGAUUCAGCCAAGUGCAUCCGCACCCUCACGUGAGUGUCAACACAGAAACAGUGUCAACACCAUAACGUCAACGCCAUAAGAGUGUCAACACCAUAACCAUUUUGGGGGGGGUAGGCUACACAAUGACAUCUGUAUCACCAGUAUAUGAUAAACUUGACUCAAUCAUAACACCAGUGCACGUGUUACACCUAUUAUUAAUAAAUACAGACAAUCUGGGCUUAAUCAGUUGAAGAUUUACCUGGAUUUGUAGAUCAUUUUCAGGAUAGAAUGAAGUGUUUAACAGAAUCAUCAUAUUCCACAGGUCUUCUGGUCAGGUGACUCCUGGCGACGCCUGUGCGUCCAGCACCAACCGGAAGGUCACCAUCCCGGCAGGAGAGAACCAGAUCAACCAGAUCGCCCUCAACCCCAGCGGCUCUGUCCUGUAUGCUGCCGCCGGCAACUCUGUCAGAGUCUGGGACCUAGGAAGGUACACUAUGGCACAGCAUGGCAGUCAUUUUGUCAGUGCUAAGUCCAGAAAAAAGCUUCUGUUUUCAGAACAAUUCUCUCUUUCUCACUACUAUAAUGUGCAGAUAUAUGAUAGAUCUAGAGGUUACUGCUUGUAUUGAAUGUAUAUUCCCUUGCUGAUCUGUUGUAGAGCUUGCACCUGUUCUCUCAGUGACUGUUGUCAUUCCAGGUUGUCUUUCUUGCAGUAACGCAGUGCAUCUCAGAAGAUUUGCUAUCAUAUUAAAGGCCCACUUCUCUCUCUCUCUCUCUCUCUGUCAGAUUUGUAUCCACAGGGAAGCUGACUGGUCACCUGGGUCCAGUUAUGUGUCUAACUGUAGACCAGAGCGGGAACGGUCAGGAUCUGGUCAUCAGCGGCUCCAAGGACCAUUAUAUCAAGGUGAGAGUGGGUUAUGGUGUGUGUGAGAGUGGGUUAUGGUGUGUGUGUGAGUGGGUUAUGGUGUGUGUGAGAGUGGGUUAUUGUGAGUGUUAUGGUGUGUGUGAGAGUAGGUUAUUGUGAGUGUUAUGGUGUGUGAGAGUGGGUUAUGGUGUGUGAGAGUAGGUUAUGGUGAGGGUAUGUGUGAGGGUGUGUUAUGGUGUGUGUGAGAGUGUGUUAUGAUGUGUGAGAGUGGGUUAUGGUGUGUGAGAGUGGGUUAUGGUGUGUGAGAGUGGGUUAUGGUGUGUGAGAGUGGGUUAUGGUGUGUGAGAGUGGGUUAUGGUGUGUGAGAGUGGGUUAUGGUGUGUGAGAGUGGGUUAUGGUGUGUGAGAGUGGGUUAUGGUGUGUGAGAGUGGGUUAUGGUGUGUGAGAGUGGGUUAUGGUGUGUGAGAGUGGGUUAUGGUGUGAGGGUGUGUUGUGGUGUGUGAGGGUGUGUUAUGGUGUGUGUGAGAGUGGGUUAUGGUGUGUGUGAGAGUGGGUUAUGGUGUGUGAGGGUGUGUUGUGGUGUGUGAGGGUUUGUUGUGGUGUGUGAGAGUGUGUUAUGGUGUGUGAGUAGGUUAUGGUGUGUGAGAGUGCGUUAUGGUGUGUGUGUGUUCUGCUUAUAUUCAUUGUAGAAAAUAAGCUGCCACACACAUGAUAUUACAUCUCUGCAUUGUGUUGAUGUUUCAGUCAGAGGCCUUUUUCUGCAUGUUGUUUCAUGUUUGCAUAUGGAUCUUGUAUUUGUUUUCUAUGCAAUACGAAUUAGCUUAGCUGAUUCUCUGCUGUGACUUGAAUAGUGUUGUUGAUGGGCUGUCUGUUUCAGAUGUUUGACGUGACAGAGGGGGCCCUGGGUGCUAUCGGCCCCACACACAACUUUGAGCCUCCCCACUAUGACGGUAUCGAGUCCCUGGUGGUGCAGGGGGACGUCCUCUUCAGUGGCUCCAGGGACAACGGCAUUAAGAAGUGGGACCUAGCCCGCAAAGACCUACUGCAGGUAACAGAGACAGGAUGAUGUUUAUUUUCAUGAAUCUUGCCCUGGAGCCAGAACUGAUAGAUUUCUGCUAGAUGGUCCAGCUGCAAAGUCAAAAUUGGCUAUGUCGUAAAAAUGUAUGAAGACUAAAAUUAGCUUUUUGGUCUUCAUUUAAGGUUAGGGUUGGCAGUGUGGUUAGGGUUGGCAGUGUGGUUAGGGUUGGCAGUGUGGUUAGGGUUGGCAGUGUGGUUAGGGUUGGCAGUGUGGUUAGGGUUGGCAGUGUGGUUAGGGUUGGCAGUGUGGUUAGGGUUGGCAGUGUGGUUAGGGUUGGCAGUGUGGUUAGGGUUGGCAGUGUAGUUAGGGUUAGGUUUAAAAUCAGAUGUUGUGGCUGUGCCAGCUAGUGACCUCCAGGGCAAGAUUUAUAACAAUAAAUGCUAACCUGCAUAACAGGGGGAAGGGAGAAGUGUCACUGACUAUUUUGGCGAAUCAUGCUUUUGGGGAGGUGGUGCUUGAAGUGGGCGGCGGGUAUUUUAACUGGAAAGAUAUUUGAUAAAUACUGUUACCUGAAAACUAGUUGAAUGGAAAACGGAGUCUGUAUGUACUAAGUUGCCUAUGUGUCUAACAGCUUGUGCCCAACGCCCACCGUGACUGGGUGUGUGCCCUGGGUGUGGUGCCUGGCUCUCCAGCCCUGCUGAGUGGCUGUAGAGGAGGGGUGCUCAAGCUUUGGCACACAGACACACUGGGGGCCCUGGGGGAACUCAAGGGCCACGAGAGCCCCAUCAACGGCAUCUCCACCAACAGCAGCCACCUCUUCACAGCAUCUGAGUGAGUCACAGAACACAAGCACACACACGCAUGCAUACACACAAACCCCUGGAUACAGCCAUUGCAGUGACACUGUUUCUGCUCUAUAAUUUGAUAGUGAUCGAACGGUGAAGAUCUGGCGUGCCCGGGGCGGACUCGACUGUACCUUAGAAACAAUGGUGGACACCGCUGACGAGGUGGCCAGUAACUGA